AUGACGGCCGCCAUCCCGUCUAUCGCCUGCCUCGGCAUCAUCGGGCGCAAUAACAACCCGCUGCACAUGUCCGUCUUUCCAUCACACGACUCAUCGAACGAUGCCGCGCCGACGCCGAUCCGCUCGGCCCUCCAAUUCUCCCUCCUUCUCUCCUCCACAAUCGACAUAUUUGAACUACGGGCGAAGAAUAAUGCGGCCUCGGGCGUCGGCCUCUCUGGCGACUUAGGCCUCCUCCACGCCGUCGACGAUCGCGUCGCCGCAUACGGCUUCGAAACCAACACAGGCGUUCGCAUGGUUUGCGUCGUCGAUAUGCGCGGCCGUUCCGUCGCCAUCCAGCCGGGCACGGCCGCUGCCGCCGCCGCGAGGACAGCCGCCGCCGGCCUGCGUGACGCCGAGCUCAAACCCGUCUUCCGGGCCAUGCAGAGCGCAUACGUGCGCCUUUUGCAGAAUCCCUUCUUCGAUCCUGACGAGCACGCACCCCUCGGAGGCCGCGGAGGUCGCAAGAUUACGAGCAAGAAGUUCAGCGAAGACAUGAAGCGGAUAGGCGAGGCUUGGGCACCCGGUGUGACGACCCUGUGA